ACAAAGUCUUUCUUCUCUCUCUCAUCUCUUCUCCUUCAAAAUUAUAACUCCCUUCUUUUUUAUUUUCCUCCAUUUCUCCUUCUUCCUCUUCCUCUGUAGAGGAAGUAGUAUUACUUCUAAGACCAAGGAAAAAGAAAAUAAAAGUAAAAGAAAGCAGAGAGCUUUCCCUACUAAAAAGUCCAACCAUCAAUGGAAACCUCACCAAAACACCAAGAUAACCAAAACCCACAUACACAAACACAAUCUCUCCUCCCUUCCCCAAACAGCCACAGUAGCACCAGCAGCAGCAACAGCUCCACCACCACUAACAAUGCCCUCCACCACUGCAAUCAACCACCGCUCCCUUCACCCAAGCCCAUCACCAGAUCCGAAAUCACUAACCCAUACCCAACUACCUUCGUCCAAGCAGACACUUCAUCUUUCAAACAAGUUGUUCAAAUGUUAACCGGAUCCCCCAGACCCACCACCACCUCCAACCAACCCGAGCCGCCGCCCAAGUCCCAUACCCAUAACAUACCUCCCAUCAAAACUAUUCCCAAAAAGAACCAAACUUCAUCUGGGUUUAAACUCUACGAACGCAGAAACUCACUUAAAAACCUUAAGAUCAACCCUCUUAACCCAAUUUUCGCUCCUAAUAAUCCCGGGUUUUCGCCUCGAAAGCCCGAGAUCCUUUCUCCUAGUAUCCUUGAUUUUCCAGCUCUUGUUCUUAGCCCGGUCACUCCGCUAAUUCCUGACCCGUUUGACCGAUCCGGCGCAGUAAAUUAUACUACUAACUGCUAUAACAGUCCUAUGAGUAAUAAUAAUAAGAGUAAUCCCAAUAAUGGUAAUCUAUUAGAUACUGAUGCAGAGGAGAAAGCAAUUAAAGAGAAAGGCUUUUUCUUGCAUCCGUCACCAGCAUCCACCCCACGAGAAGCUGAGCCGCCGCGAUUGCUGCCGCUCUUUCCUGUUACCUCGCCUAGAGUUUCAGGUUCUGCAAAUCCUUCUUCUUGAAUCAAAAUGUCAAUCUUUUCCUCUCUCUUUCUUUGUCUUGUGUAAGAUUUUUAUUAUAUAAUAUAUUGCUGGCAUUGAUAUAAUCUUGUAUGUUGAAUAUUCGCAGAGAAUGAAAUUAUCUUUGCUUCAA